UCCGCCUCUCCAACCUGGAAUCGCUGGAACAAGCUCACCAUCCUCGACAUAUACACCAACCUCCGCGAAGAAUUCCACUUUCAAGGUCAACAUGUCUGGUUUUGGCUGAACCAUCCCAUUCAGUUCAUCCGUAUAGUCGGGUAUGUAGCUCAGGUCGACAUGGUAGCGGGCGGAAAGUUCAUCCUCUUGACUGUGGACGAUGGGAGUGGAGCGAACAUGGAGGUGAAGCUGGAGAGGCCGGUGGCACACAGAGCGCCGAGUGGCGCGGUCUACUCAACCAAGACCACACUGGAUCAUGUCGAGGCAAUAAUUGAAAUGGGCCUUCCAGCCGUAUACAUCAGGGGAAAGAGAGUUGAGAUUGGCAGUGUGGUAAUUGCUGAAGGGAAAGUGGAAAAGUAUAACACAUCUCGACAGUUGAUUGCGCAGAGGUUCAAUUUUGUCAAGGAUACACACGAUGAGGCGGUUUAUUGGAGCAAGGUCGCGGAGUGGAAGCGGAAAGUGCUGAAUAAACCUUGGACUCUGGAUACGGAGACCAAAAGAGCCAUCGAUAUGAAAUUGAAAGAAGAAGAGAGAGUGCGCGAGAAGAACGCGAGACGGAAGAAGAAGAGGAGUGCAAAGGUCGAAGAGAUGCGGAGACUGCAUGACGAGAAGGUUGAGCAGAAGAGAAAGGAGAGGACGGAAUAUUACGACCAAGGAGCGCUGGCAGGGACCAAUGUGUUGAAGAUGCCGUGGGAUAAUUGAAUCAAGCAAGCGCAGUGUGAUGCUGACCUCACACCGAAACCGCCAGCACGGCUAUAUGGACAGGAGAAGCACUGAAAGUCUUCAAGUCCCUUCUUGCAUAGUCAGGAACCAGUUGUCUUGUCAUGAACAGGAGCGCAGAAGGCAGUCUGUCCAGCUUGCCACCCUUGACAAAGGUCAAAUGAUGCUGCAUACAGCUCCCUCUAUUCCACGGAAAAUCUCGGAUUCGCCAUUUAUUUCGUAAAGCAUUCUCUGGUCCGGUGCAUCGCAUACUCCUGCCGUGUGCCCUUGUUCAAGUCUCAAUUUCAUGAUACUCGCGCCUCGCCUUGCUGCGUCGUACCAUCGGAGGGCAUCGUCUUCCACCAGGCUUCGAUCCUCCCAUCCUCCUUCGCGAAGCUCGUCUUGCCUGAAUCUGUCGAAUCGUCUGUUCCAGAUCCCGAGGUAUGAUUUAUCGAGCUGCUGCUAGCACUUUCGAGACUAGUCGUUUUCUGCUUCUGCUUGUCCUUCUCGUCCACCUCGUGCCGACCUGCUGUAGCUGCUGCUGCUGUUGCUGUUGUUGUUCUUGGUCCCUUGAUCGAUCGAAGUGGAGAACAACAUGGCAAUCGGGACAGAGAUAGCUGAUUGAACAUUCGUUGCGUGUUCGCAGACAUGUUGCUUCGCUGA